AUGUCCAAACCAUUCCAAAUCUUUCUUUUCAUCAUCAAAGAAAUGCUUAGUCCUCCCCUAAAACCAUGUCUUGUUAUAUUCUCCAUCAUCGCGAUUAUUUUUCUAACUGAGCUGCUUCAGUACAAAAUACGUACUGAAAAUCUGAGGAGCCUGUCAAGCUGCCGGGACUACCAAACCUUGCGUUCUUUCUUGUUCUUCACAACCAUAUGCGGCAUCAUUUAUCCUACAAAAUUUUUGGUAUACCAAAUCAUUUACAGUGAUUACAUGGAACGAUUGUCGUGCAGAGCAUUUUAUACCGUGCUGUCGCGCAAAUGGGAGAUGACAGUGCUGGAGGAAGGUCUGAACAACCGCUUCAGAAACAUGGGCUCGUUUGAGAACGUGACCGAUAACGGCAUAUUCCAGUCCUUCGUGCACCGCGGUGUCAAAGGAAUGACAAAUCUGAUAAAACAGCUGGUACUGUCUCUGCUCGCGCGUGUAUUCUCGUAUCUAUUCAUAAUGAAGGAGACAAGUGAUCAGUUGGGCACCACGAUCCUUCUGGCCAUCAUCUUCAUGGUCUCGGUCACACUGAUGACAAACAUCGUAAUCAUCUACGUCCUGAUUUACUACCGCAGGCGGUACAACAUCCUACGGGCACAGUUGGACAAUCAUGUCUCGGAGUGUCUCAGCAACCACCUGCUCGUCACGUACUGCCACAAGGAAAUGGAUGAGUUCCAGCGCUACAAAAUGCGAGUUAGGAACUACAAGAACGCGGUUAUAGUCUUGGAAGGUGUCGAGCACGUCUUAGAGAUCCUUCUAUACCUGAUCACCAAUCUGACCAAAUACUUCGUGUACUACAUCAUUUACAGGAAUAACAAGGCGUAUCCCACGCAUUUGGUGAUGUUCGUGAUGCAGAAGAUCGAUGUGAUCGAGAGGAACACGAAGUGGGCAGGCUCAUUUUACGAGAAACUGCGCACGGCCGUACUAGAUGCCGAGUUUGCGUACGACUUUGUGAGCAGCACAAAGGGACCGGUGAGAAACGAGGACAACCUCCUGCACCACGCCGUUGCAUUGGAAGGAGCGGACCGCUCGUAUGACACGGGCUCAACUCAAUGCUUUAGUGACAGCCACAGCGAUGAAAAGAGGUGGAUCAGCGAUGAAAGCGGUGAUGAGAAGCGAGAUGCCGAUACAAAAUGGUAUUUGGAGGCGACCGCUGCAUCACAGCCGAACGCAGAACCAAAUGAAGUUUACCACGAUGAGAAUGCCAUGAACACCGUCCAGCAAGCCAAGGCCCAAGGCCCCGUAAUAAUACAGUUCAGAGAUUUUACCAUCAUUUUGAACCAAAGACUGCUCUUCAAACCGCUUAACCUUUCGAUACGAAAAAACGAUAAAGUGCUCAUAAAAGGGCCAAACGGCAUCGGUAAAAGUUCCAUACUCAGGUCGCUGUUUGGCAUGGUUGAGUACAUAGGCGAUAUCAUCAUAAAUGACGUGCCGUUGCAAAACCUUAAAAAGUCUAAACUAUGUUCCAUGAUGGCGAUUUGUCCGCAGUCUCCACUGGUCUUCAAGAACACGGUCAGGUUCAAUCUUGGCUACGGCAAUGUCUCAACGGAUGAAGAGAUGAUUAGGAUGUGCAAGCGGACGAAUCUCUUCGAUAAGAUCAGUGAAAUGGAGGACGGCCUUGACAGCCUCAUUCUGAGCGCAGGCGAGAACUUCAGUGGCGGUGAGAAGAAACGGCUGUGUGUUACGAGAACGGCCCUCAAGAAAUGCGCGAUUUACUGGUUUGAUGAGCCUACAGCAGGACUUGACACCGUAAACAUGCACACGGUGGUCGAUUUGCUGACGAAAAUGAAGGGAACUGUGAUUGUCAUCAUGCAUGCAGACGAGUAUGAUCGAUGUUUUGACCAGAUAAUCAAUCUUGAAAGGUUAUAGAUGAGCGAUCUGUCACAAGAAAUUAAAAUGUUCCUUUUAUCUGCAA